GGAACCAAUGUAUGUGUCUUACUGUUCAGGCGGAGCGGGUUUAUUGGUGCACCUUUGUUAAGCUGUUUGCCUCCCACCUUACUUUUCUAAUUGGAUUAAACGGGCAGAAUGACGGAGAACACGGAGGACAAACCUGAUUAUGAGGAACGGUUUGCACACAGAUUCUCAGCCGACGACGCGAUUUACCAGGUGUAUCGGAGCCGGCCGGCAGACCCGCCGCCCAUCGUGGAGAACUGGAGCUCUAGAGGCAGAGAUCACAGACACCGAGGAGGUGGUGGACGGGGAGGAGGAGGAGGAGGUCAUGGCUGGCAUGGAGAUCGGGGUUGGGGAGGAGAUCGGGGUUGGAGAGGAGAUCGGGGUUGGGGAGGCGAUCAUCGCAGGCAGCAAGACCGUCGGGGUCAUGAGAGUGGCCACCAGUCAGGCCACCAGGGAUACAACCCUUACAACCAGAGACCAUACCACAGCUAUUAA